UUGGGGGAAGAGAAGAGAAAGGUCUAGAAAAAUCGCGGGGAGGCGUAUACAAUAUACAUAGCCCACCCACCCGCCAACGCACAAACCACUACAGUCCACCCACACUUUUUGUUUCUAGGGUUUCAAAUUGAGAAGACAAUUGAAAUUUUGAAUGAUGAUGAUGAUGACUACUCAGAAGAGGAAAGCUGUAGAUCAAUUCAACCAUGAUUUCUCCGACUUCUCUCUUUCUUCUCCCGCUACCAAAAUCCGGCGACUUGAUCAUGUGGAAUUGGCACCAAUAAUAGAGGAAGAGGAAGAGGAACCACUACAACAUGAAGAUGAAGAACAGAGAAUAGCAACAGAAGCAGGUGUAGACGUUGAAAAUGAAGAGAGAGCUAUUGUUUUGUUCAAUCCCGCCAAUCCUUUCAUUCAUUCCCCUCCUCCUACGUUCUCCCUCACUCCUCACAUUCUUUCUCGCUUAAAAGGACAAUCGCACCUUUCCAAUUUAUUCAACAGAUCUUCUUCAUCAAAUCAAGACGAGGAGACAGACACGGCAUUGGACGAUGGUGUUAUCAUCUCAAAUCAGUGUACGGCGGUUGUUCCUUGGGUCAAGUCUAACCUAUCUCCUUGUUUGCCAUCCAGUGGAUUAGAUGCCUCUGAGAGUACGAUGAUGGAAGCUGAUGCAGAAAAUCAACAAGAGGAGGUUGCUACGAGUAUGGACAUUGAACAAGGAUAUAAUGCAGCAGUGAGCAGCGGUAAUGCCACUGAAUAUGAGGGACAUUUCCAUCAGUGGCAACAACAACACUGUAUGGUACCUUCCCAGCUUCCUCCUCCUCCUCCUCCUCACAGUGCUGCUGCUGCUGCAACCCCUGUAGUAUGGUUCAAUUGACCCGUAAUGUAGAAAAAUAUUGUCCAUCAUCAAGGCCUUGGUUUCAUUGUCUUUAGCAUAUGUCAAAAGCCUUGGGUUUUGGAUAUUCUCAUCGUUGCCAUAUCAUUCUACCUAGCUGUCUAGUACGGCCGACCAACUCAAGUGUAUGGUGUCCAAAUUUUUUUUAUCCUUUUGUGCCCUAUA